UAGAAAUCUCUUAUGACAUUUGAAAAUGCGUGUUCCUGGACGCACAGUUAUUGUUGGAGGAUUCGUAGCGUCUACUCAUCAAUUUUGCGUCAAAAGUCUGAUUAGUUCUUUUCCAGGUCUCGAGCAAUGGGAUCUGUUGGAGAAACCCAGCAAGUCAUCUAAUGAGUACCAGCUAGAAGCUGUUUUUGACACUUUGGAGCAUGCCCAAGCUUGUUUCUAUCGGCUCAGACAGAAGAAAUGGAAUAAUUGUGUGUUGAACACUAAAAUAGUGGGAAUAGAGAACCACGAGAUCAAGGAUGAAAUGCAGAGAGUGCGGGAGACGAACAGAGUGAAGCAGAAAGACAAGACGAGAGUGAGAGAGUCAACUAAAAGUGGGCGAAUAAUAGUGCGAAAUCUGCAUUGGAGAGUGGAUGAGAAGCGGCUGAGGCAUUUGUUUGGUAGUGUGGGAGUCAUUACUGAAGUUCAAAUUCCGCAACAAGCAGGAAAGAAACGAGGCUUCGCAUUCGUGCAAUUUGAGACUCGAGAGCAGGCUGUGAAAGCUGUUGAGAAAUUUCAGGCUCACGAGUUACGUGGGCGUCCCAUGGCAGUAGACCUAUCGGUCCCAAAAGACAUACAUCUCAGACAUGGUCAUGGUCAACAUAAUGGCCGACUUCUGGAGCCAGAAGACGGUUCCUAUCACGCCUCCUCAUGUACAGAUGAAAGAUUGAGUAGGAUUGAGAAUUGGAACACCAAGCAAAAUGGUGCAGCUGAUGACGAGGACAGUGAUCAAAAUGACAGUGAAGAGAAUGAAAACUGUGAAGAAGAUGAGAAUUCGGACCUGGAUGAUCGGGAAAUGAUGUCUGAAGAUGAUGGAAACUCGGACGAAGAAGGUGAACAAAUUGAAGACGACGAUGAUAAUGAUGAUGAAGAAGAGGCUGCAAUGAUGAAGGCGAGGAGAAAGAGAGUGGCUGAAAAGUACAACGAUGUGCAGGAGGGGAAAACAGUAUUUGUUAAAAACCUUCCUUUCCGGUCUGGUGAUGCAGAGCUGAAAGAGAUCUUCUCUCGAUUCGGAAAAGUGAGCAUGGCCAAAGUUGUCCUGGAUCACGAAACAGAGGAAUCGAAAGGUUGUGGGUUUGUGAAAUUUGACGACGCAGAGUCUGUCCAAAAAUGUCUGGAUAAACUGCAGCGAGGGAAUGGUCUGAUCAUGGAUAGGCGGAAGCUGAGUGCAGAAGUGGCUGUUGCGAGGGAGACGAAAGAGAGGGAGAAAGAGGAGAGGAAGAAGGAUUCGAUGGAGCAGAGAGUGAAUGACAGACGCAACCUCCACCUGGCCAGGGUCGGACUGAUCAGAGGAGACGCAGUCAUGAAUAUGUCCAAACAUGAUCUCAAACUCAGAGACAGAAUUGAGAAAGUGAAAAAAACGAAGUUGCAGAACUCCAACAUAGUGGUGUCCCAAACUAGACUCUGUGUGCACAAUGUGCCCAAACAGAUUACAGACAAGGAGCUGAAGGCAAUGUGCUUGAAAGCUAUUAGAGGAAAGAAACAUCAUAUCAUUGAGUGUCGUAUAAUGAAGGAGAAAACGGACAAGACUGCGAGUGGGCUGGGAAAGAGUCUCGGCUAUGCAUUCGUCUCUUUCUCCUCCCACCCGCUCGCACUGAAGGCGCUGGAGGCACUCAAUGACAACCCCAAUGUCUUCUCCCACGAAAAGCGACCAGUUGUGGAGUUUUCGUUGGAAAAUAUGACAGCUCUUCAGAAGAAACAACGCAGUAUGCUCAAGUCACAAGGUAAAGAUCCUUCCAAGGAGCAAUUUCGGAGUGGCAAUGAAGUCCUGAAUUACAAAUCCAAAAAGAAACUCAAAACGAUUGCCAAGUCCGUGCAACUACCAGAAAAAGAAGAGGCGUCUGCGAACAAACCCAAGAAAUCUGACGUCGCUCUACCUCCAGCUGUGAUCGAGACUCUAUCUGCGGCUGAUUUGAAAACACGAGUGAUCAACCCAAUGCCAAAGAAAACACUACUGAGAUCUGUCGACAAAGCAAAACUGCACAAAACGUUAAGCCGAAGAAAAAAGCAGAAACAAAUGAGCACACAAGGUUUCAAAGACAAGAAACAGUCUGAGGAAAGUUCAGUUCCUAUAAAGAAAAUAAACUUGAAGAAAAAGAAUAAGUUUUUGAAGCAGCCUUUGACCGAUAGUUUGGAUGCUUUGAUUGCAAAACGAGUUCAAAAGCGAACUGUUUAAAAUAAUGUAUUUGCACUCCUGCCUGCUGGUUUUGAUUGUUGAAUUGAAGUUUUUCAUUU